AUGAGUUCCAUCAAAACUGAUAUCACAACAACUCAGAAAGUGGAUACGGAUGUCGAGACGGAAUCACAGGUGAACAGCAUGGCUGGAAAAGAUGAUGGAUGGUUCAGUAUGAAGAAAGUGAUAAUCAUCGGUGUGGCUUCCAUUGUCUCCAUUGCCACUAUUGCUCUUAUUCUAUACUUGACACUUCCCUCGUCUUCGGAGGAAUACCAAAAACCAACUGCUCAGGCGCUGAUUGGCGUCACCAAGACUACCGUUGCUCCAUCAACAAGUUCUACAGAAGGCUCACAACAAAAGAAACAACUAAUUUUCGUACAAGUCCUUUUCCGACACGGUGCACGAGCUCCAGGGAGACUUCCGAAGGAAUAUAAAAUGUAUUUCCCGAGGGGUGGAGGGGAAUUGACAGAUCGUGGCUUCAAUCACAGUCAUCUGGUCGGUCUAUUCUUGAAAAAGAGAUAUGUGGAUAGUGGGUUUUUGAACAAGUCAUUGGUCAAUCACGAGAUGAGAUGGUUUUCUCGUCAAAUGAGUCGUGUUUUGAGUACCGCCUCGACUAUUGGCUCUGCAAUGUUCCAAACCCCUGAGCAAAAAUACAAAACAGUGGGGGUUGUGAGCAGAAAGGAUAAUGAUUUCCUUCUGACGGGAGGUAUUUCCAAAUGUAAAGCAAAGAGGAAGAUCAUCAAGAAAAGAUGUCCCGGUCUACUUAACAAACAUUUAAAUAGUGAAAUAGAAGCAUUGAAGUGUCUCGAUCAAAAACCGAAAAUCUUUGAAACAUUCAAUGUCACAGAUUCUGAUAUGUACAUUAACAUGUACAGAAAUAAUGUGCCUUUGCCGGAUAACGUUUUGCAACACUAUAAGGAGAUAGCAGCAGGAUAUCUUGAAGUACGAGACUUCAAUAAUGGUGUCGGUGAUUCUGAAUUGAUACAAAUUCGUUUCGGACUUAUUAUCAACAAGUUGUUAAAUGAUUUGACAAAAGCCUGGGAAUCUCAUUUGAGCAACACCACGACAAGAAAAUUCAACGCAUACUCUACUCAAGACUGGCUAAUAGGUGGUGUCUUGGAUGCGUUCAGUGUCCUCAAGUACCUUCAGUCGAUUUUACCGAAAGAGGAACCAAACUACAGUGUAAUGAUAGUAAUUGAACUUUGGGAGAUAAAUGGGAAACCGUUUGUGAAGUUUUUGUACAAACCGGAAGAGAUCACUGAGGAGAAUCAUCAACUGUUGGAUUUGACAACUAAGGUUCCCGGUUGUCAAGGACUAGAGGAUUGUCCAUUGGAGACCUUUCUAAACACUUCCCUAUCUCGUCGUCAUGUAUUCAUGAGUGAACAUAAAUAUGACCUCAUAUGGAACAUUUUCCUGAAUUGCUGGUUUGUCGGAUACUUCAUUGGAGUUUGGUUCAGCCCGAUUUUCAAUGAUCGUUUCGGAAGAAAAGUUGGUUUCUUAAUCGGAAACUCUACCGCAUUUAUCGCUUCCAUUUUACAAUGUCUCUCUAUUAUUUGGUACUGCCCUGAGCUUCUGAUUGCUUCUAGAUUCAUCACUUCGAUAUGCAUGGCUGUAACUUAUCAAUCUUGUAUUCUGCUCCUACAGGAAUGCUCUCCCACCCAUCUCCGAGGGAGUUUCUCAUUCUUGAGUGAAGUCUCGUACUCCUCAAUGACAAUGGUCGGAAGUUUUCUUGGUCAAGAUUAUAUCCUGGGAUCUCAUAUUUUCUGGCUCUGUUUCUUCGUCGUUCCAUUUUGUUUUCUGUUCACUUUAGCACUAUUCAUCCUUCCGGAAACACCAAAAUUCUUAUUGAUAUCGAAGGAAAACGAAUCAAAGGCAAUCGAUUCAGUGAAAUAUUAUCAUGGAAUGGAUUCAGAUGCGAAACAAGUUUUAGAAGAUAUUCGAAAAGAGGCAGAAUGUGAAAUGGACUCAGAUUCAGAUAAUUCAACUACUACAGGACUUCAAAAAAUGAAAGAACUAUUCACGGAAUCACAUCUUCGAAUGGCUCUAAUUCUCAGCGUUUCUGCACUAACAAACACUGUUGGACUAUGGGCAUUACUACUGUCUUCCACAUUUUUCCUUGAGAAUGCAAACGUAGAAUCAGAAAUCGCUGAGUGGAGUACAACUGCAAUGAGUCUGGCAUAUGUAUCAGGUACCAUUACCGGCGGAAUUAUUAUUGAAAGAGUUGGUCGUCGAAAACUGCUUCUUCUCUUCACUUUUCUGAACAACUUGGCUCUUCUCGCCUUUGUAUUUUUCGCAAAAAUUCGUAUUCUGAUAGAUCCAAUGAAAUAUGGAUGUCUUGGAGCUCUCAUCGUCUAUGGAUACACUUAUGGAACCGGUGUCGGCCCAAUUUCUUGGUUCAUUUCCUCAGAGUUAGUGCCCCAAAAGCAUCGAAGUGUUGCUCAAUCAGUUGCUUAUGCUAUCAAUACUAUAAUGGUUGUGAUCACUACGUUUACAGUACUCCCAUUGUAUUCUUUGAUUGGAAGUUAUGCUUUUGUCAUUCUAUAUUCUAUUCCAUCUUUCAUCAGUAUGCUCAUCCUAUUCCGUUAUCUACCAGAGACUAAGGGGCGGGAGAUUCAUGAAAUUGUAAAUGAGUUGAAGAGAAAAUAA